CCCGCCUGGGAAGGCCCCUCCCGCUGGUGCUGCCAGCUCUCGCCGCCGCCGCCUGUCCGCCGCCUUCGGUCUUGGUUCUCCUCCUCCUCCGCCGCCGUCGCCGGCACCAUGAACAAGAAGAAGAAGCCGUUCCUGGGCAUGCCCGCGCCCCUGGGCUACGUGCCGGGGCUGGGCCGCGGAGCCACAGGUUUCACCACCCGCUCGGACAUUGGCCCUGCGCGUGAUGCCAACGACCCUGUGGAUGAUCGUCACGCUCCCCCGGGGAAGAGAACUGUUGGGGAUCAAAUGAAAAAGAAUCAGACGGCGGAUGAUGACGACGAAGAUUUGAACGACACCAAUUAUGAUGAGUUCAAUGGGUAUGCUGGGAGCCUGUUCUCAAGUGGUCCCUAUGAAAAAGAUGAUGAGGAAGCAGAUGCUAUUUAUGCAGCUUUGGACAAGAGGAUGGAUGAACGCAGAAAAGAAAGAAGGGAACAACGAGAAAAAGAGGAAAUAGAAAAAUACCGUAUGGAACGACCCAAAAUUCAGCAGCAGUUCUCCGACUUGAAACGGAAGCUGGCGGAGGUGACGGAAGAAGAGUGGCUGAGCAUUCCUGAAGUUGGUGAUGCCAGGAACAAGCGUCAGAGGAAUCCUCGUUACGAGAAGCUGACUCCUGUGCCCGACAGCUUCUUUGCAAAGCAUUUACAGUCGGGGGAGAAUCACACUUCCGUGGACCCACGCCAAACGCAAUUUGGUGGGUUGAAUACUCCGUAUCCAGGGGGCUUGAAUACUCCCUACCCAGGAGGAAUGACCCCAGGCUUAAUGACACCUGGGACAGGUGAAUUGGAUAUGAGGAAGAUCGGCCAAGCCAGGAACACCCUGAUGGACAUGAGGCUCAGCCAGGUGUCGGACUCUGUGAGUGGCCAGACUGUAGUGGACCCGAAAGGAUAUUUGACAGACUUGAAUUCAAUGAUUCCCACACAUGGAGGAGAUAUCAAUGAUAUCAAGAAAGCCCGUUUGCUCCUGAAAUCUGUACGAGAGACCAAUCCUCAUCAUCCACCAGCCUGGAUAGCGUCAGCCCGACUGGAGGAGGUCACUGGCAAACUCCAAGUGGCUCGAAACCUCAUCAUGAAAGGAACAGAGAUGUGCCCCAAGAGUGAAGAUGUUUGGUUAGAAGCUGCUCGGCUUCAGCCUGGAGAUACAGCCAAGGCUGUUGUGGCCCAAGCUGUCCGCCACCUCCCCCAGUCUGUCCGAAUCUACAUAAGAGCAGCAGAGCUGGAGACAGAUAUCCGUGCAAAGAAACGCGUCCUUAGGAAAGCCCUUGAGCAUGUUCCAAACUCAGUGCGUUUGUGGAAAGCAGCCGUGGAGUUAGAAGAACCUGAGGAUGCCAGGAUCAUGCUGAGUCGGGCUGUGGAGUGCUGUCCGACCAGUGUUGAACUGUGGCUGGCGCUGGCAAGGCUGGAGACAUAUGAGAACGCUCGUAAAGUCCUUAACAAAGCCCGGGAGAAUAUUCCGACGGAUCGUCACAUCUGGAUUACUGCUGCCAAACUGGAGGAAGCCAAUGGAAACACCCAGAUGGUGGAGAAAAUCAUUGACAGAGCCAUCACAUCGCUUAGGGCCAACGGUGUGGAGAUCAACAGAGAGCAAUGGAUACAGGAUGCCGAGGAAUGUGAUAAAGCUGGAAGUGUGGCCACGUGCCAGGCAAUCAUGCGAGCUGUGAUUGGGAUUGGGAUUGAGGAAGAAGAUCGGAAACACACCUGGAUGGAAGAUGCAGACAGUUGUGUUGCUCAUAAUGCUCUGGAGUGUGCCCGAGCAAUUUAUGCUUAUGCCUUGCAAGUUUUCCCCAGCAAGAAGAGCGUGUGGCUGAGAGCUGCGUACUUUGAGAAGAACCAUGGAACGAGGGAAUCCUUGGAGGCUCUUUUGCAGAGAGCUGUGGCUCACUGUCCCAAAGCAGAAGUCCUGUGGCUGAUGGGUGCCAAAUCGAAGUGGCUGGCAGGAGAUGUGCCAGCUGCCAGAAGCAUUUUGGCCCUGGCUUUCCAGGCCAACCCCAACAGCGAGGAGAUCUGGCUGGCUGCCGUGAAGCUGGAGUCGGAAAACAAUGAGUACGAGAGAGCGAGGAGGCUGCUGGCCAAAGCCCGUAGCAGUGCCCCCACUGCCAGGGUCUUCAUGAAGUCUGUGAAGUUAGAAUGGGUGCUUGGGAACAUCGCUGCAGCCCAGGAGCUUUGUGAGGAAGCCCUGAAGCACUAUGAGGACUUCCCCAAACUGUGGAUGAUGAAGGGACAAAUCGAGGAACAAAAGGAGCUGGUGGAGAAAGCCCGGGAGGCUUAUAAUCAAGGGUUGAAAAAGUGCCCCCAUUCCAUACCCCUGUGGCUUUUGCUGUCCAGGCUGGAGGAGAAAGUUGGGCAGUUGACUAGAGCAAGAGCCAUCUUGGAGAAGUCCCGCCUAAAGAAUCCAAAGAAUCCAGAUCUCUGGUUAGAGUCUGUGCGGUUGGAGUACAGAGCUGGGCUGAAGAAUAUUGCAAAUACUCUGAUGGCCAAGGCGUUGCAGGAAUGCCCCAAUUCAGGAAUCCUGUGGUCAGAGGCAAUUUUCCUUGAAGCGCGACCGCAACGGAAGACCAAGAGUGUGGAUGCUCUCAAGAAGUGUGAACACGACCCACAUGUCCUGUUGGCCGUGGCCAAGCUCUUCUGGAGCGAGCGUAAAAUAACCAAGGCCCGAGAAUGGUUCCACCGAACGGUGAAGAUCGACUCUGACCUGGGGGAUGCCUGGGCUUUCUUUUACAAGUUUGAGCUGCAGCACGGCACGGAGGAACAACAAGAAGAGGUGAGGAAGCGCUGUGAGAAUGCCGAACCUCGCCACGGAGAGCUCUGGUGUGAUGUCUCCAAGGACAUAGAGAACUGGCAGAAAAAGAUCGGCGAGAUUCUCGUGCUUGUGGCAGCCAAGCUUAAAAACACCUUCUAGAGUUUGCUGCCUUCAGCCUCCUUAGUCGUCUCCGUAGGACUUACCUGCUUCGGUGCAUUCGCCUUUACGGUGGCACAGAUUGAAAGAUCUUAAGAUAUUUCUUCCAAAACCAAAGGCUGCUCCUUCCUCUUCCCUGUGAUGGUGCCCUUGGCUCACCCGGUGUGGUCACCAGGGUCUGUAGCACAUCUGAACGCUGGUGUCGCGCAGGAGAGACGAGCAGUCUUGUGAGGCUCCCUUGGCAUUUCCAUUCUGAUGCCUCAAUCCACCCUGUAAAUACAAGCUUUGAUUAGUUGCUUGUAUAGAUUCUGACGUUGAGCAGUUCCCCUGGUUUCUCCCCUGGCAUGCCUUGUCCCUCCCUGUGCAGUUUCCUUAGUGUUUGGCCCAUCUGAUGCUGGUUUGGUGGCAGCAAAUCUGCUUUGCUGCUGUUUGAAUCCUCUGAACGUUCCUUGCAGGAGACAAGUUCUGCUGGAGAAGGGGCAGCCGAGGGGAAGGGCUGCUCAUGGCCCCUUUUUUUUUUUUAAUUACUUUUUGCCACACACCUGGGUCAGCCUGGUCUCCUCUGCUGGCCAAUUGCAGCACAACUUGGAAAUAUUCCUCCAACCUGAGCAUCCUCCAGAUGGAGCAUUUUGUGAAAUUCAAGAGCAUAUUUUUAGGGAGCUUUUCCUCGAUUUUUUAAAAAAUGUAUAUAGUAUAACCUUAUUCUUUUAGGUGUCUGAUUUCUUUAAGCACAUUAAGCACAGUGGUAUUUUAAAGUAACAAGGCAAAAUCCAGCGAUCCCUGAAGGUUCUUUUGAAGGAACAACCUUUAUUCAGAGGCGUUGAGAGAAUGUGCACUUUGACAGUGACAACUGCUGUGGGUUGAGAUGUUUGGGACGACUCUCUUCAAGUCCAGAAGGAAAGCAGCAGAUUCUUGAGAGGAAAAACUUUGUGUUUGGGACCCUUUAUAAGCUGUCUGCAGUUUUCUACACUUGUGAUCUGUGUUAUUUUGACCCUUAAAAACCUGACUUCCUUGUGAUCAUUGAAUGAAAAGCUGUAACGUCUUAUUUGUUAGGAUGUAGCAAAAGUAUCCGAGUCUGUGUUUGUGCAUCGUAGAAUGCAUUGAGUUGGAGGAGAAAAGCCCUUCUCUCUUGUUUGGACAAUAUGUAUAAAAUACAGCUUGUUUUUUUUUUUCGUUUCCUGA